CGUCACGCCGUCGGCCCCGCCCCUCGCCAUGGCGGCGCCCUGCGCGGAGAUGGAGCCGGCGGCGCCUCCGCCUUCGCCUCCCGCUGCCCCCGGGGCCGCGCCGGGCUCGGCCGGGCUCGUGUGCGCGCAGGGCCGCAACCUGCGGGCCGUGCUGUGCCAGCGCUGCGGCUCCCGGGUGCUGCUGCCCGGCGCCGCCACCUUCGCCCGCCGUGAGCUGCUCCUGCCCGCCAUGAGGAAGAAGGCGGCGGCGGCGGCGGCGGCGGCGGGAGGCGGCGGGGACGUGCUGCGGGAGCACUGGCUGGUGCGCGACAUGUUCUCCUUCGAGAACGUGGGAUUCACCCGCGACGUGGGCAACGUCAAGUUCCUGGUGUGCGCCGACUGCGAGGCGGGGCCCAUCGGCUGGCACUGCCUGGACGACAAGGACAGCUUCUACGUGGCGCUGGAGCGCGUGGCGCACGAGUGAGCCCGGCCCGGGCUGGGAGCUGGGCCCGGCCUGGGAGCCCCGAGAGCUCCGAGAGCGCCGCGGCCCUGCGGACUGAGCGCAGCCGGUCACCCCAGAGCCGGACUGAGCGCAGCCGGUCACCCCAGAGCCGGACUGAGCCCAGAGCCGGACUGAGCCCAGAGCCGGACUGAGCGCAGCCGGUCACCCCAGAGCCGGACUGAGCUCAGCCGGUCACCCCAGAGCCGGACUGAGCCCAGAGCCGGACUGAGCACAGCCGAUCACCUCAGAGCCGGACUGAGCCCAGAGCCGGACUGAGCCCAGCCAGUCACCCCAGAGCCGGACUGAGCCCAGAGCCGGACUGAGCACAGCUUGCCUGCCCCAUGCCCUGCCUGCCCCAUGCUCUGCCUGCCCAUGGCCACAGCUUGCCUGCAAUUCCUCACCCACACCCCCAUGGGAAGGGUGUUGGUGUUGGGAGGGUUCCUGUACCCUGCAGGGACAGCUCACCCUUUUUUUUCUUUUUUUGUUUUCUUUUUUUUUUUUUACCACGUAGCCGGACCUGCCCCAGUCUGGCUGCUCUGCCACUUCCCUGGUGGCUGCUCCAGGGGGCUGAGGUGUCCCUCAUGCUGGUGGCCCUGUGGCACCAUGUAAAUGGAGAGGACAGGACAGGACUGCUGCACUGAGUUGUUGUGGCAGCUGAAACUGUCUGACCUGCAGCCAGAGCACUUCCAGGGUUUAAAGCUGAAUCCUCUUGAUUUUCAGAAGGAAUGUUCCCCGCCCCAAGCUCUAACAUUUGUGUUCUCCCAAACCUCAUCCCACCUGACAGCUAAACCCUGUGAGAGUUGUGGCACCUGAAGUGAGUGUAAGGCAUUCCAACUAACCUGUGCUGUUCUAUUAACUGAGUACAUGGGAACAAAACACUGAUAGAAUGUGCAGGCAGUAUAGGCUGAUAGAGCAGCAAACAAAGAAAAUGUAUCAGACCAUAGAGCUUUCACACAGUUGAAGAGAUUCCAGCCUGAAAAGGAUCUGAAUCAUUGGACAGGCAGUGCUGAAGCAUGUCUAGAACGUAUGUGUGUCAAAACACUGAUGUCAGGAAGGAAUUUCUCUUCUGUAAAAGCUGGUGGAAAGAGUAAUCUGGGAUGUUAUGAUCAGUUUUGGUUUCUGCCUUUUAAAAGCUGGGCACAAAGCUAAUUAGAAAUGGAAGGAGGCUGCAGCAGCUGUGGUUCUCCCUGCAUUUAUCUCUGCUGAUAAUCCUGGCCCAGUUCAUUCUCCAUUGCUAACCCCUGUAUGAGUGACAGAACAGCUCUCCAGGGAUGCUCUGGGGUCCCUGUGCUGUGCCUCACUGUGGGACGUGUCACUCUCCUCUGCUCAUAAGCACUUGGGUGCUGACCCAGCUGUGAGGGUGCAGCUGCCACUGUGCUGGGGUGAUGGACCUGUUUGUGCCACCAAAUUCACGGUGGGGUGUAGGUGUGCUGCCCCAAGGCAGUGGGAAGAACCUUUCCUUACCCUUCUAAUGAAACAAUUUUGCUGGCAGGGCUCUGUAAGGCAGGCACAGCCUUGGAUGUGUCUCCCAGAAGAGGCAUCCUGACAACAGGAGAGGUAGAAACAAGUCCCUUCUUCCUGCAGUGCUUGAGCACCUGCACUUCUAAGAUUUGGAGGCUCUGCCUUAAUGUGUGGCCUGUUCUGGGGGCUACUCUGUCAGGAACCUCUGCUGUGGGCACUCAGGAUUUAUCAAGGGAGGGAGAGAGGCAGAACUGUGGUCUGUGCUGUGCACAAAUCCUGUGCUGUGUCCUUGCUAAAUGUGUAAGAUGGAGAUUUGUUAUGGAAACUGCUUCUUCCCUCCUGCCCUUUCUGUCUCUUAGCCCUAAGCCCAAGGACUACACAGUUUCAUCAAGGAGAUGUGCCUCAAAGGACAAGAGAGCUUCACCUGGGUUCUGCACAGGCAUGGCAAACCAUGGUGGGAUCUCAUCACUAAUUUCACACUUUCAUUUUGAUUGUUAUCUCCUAGGAUAUGUGUUCUGCCCUGUAAUACCCCAAUUAUAGUCCAUGUUACUUAAAUGUGCUGCACUGAACAAGCUUCAUUUUGAAGGUGCCACUGUGCAGAACAGACUGUGGAAAUCAGCUUGGCUCACGCUGAGUAAAUGACCUCCAAAAAAUGGUA